AUGGCGCCGAACGGGUAUGUCAUUGAUCUGACUGGCGGUUGCAUCGUCGUAACAGGUGGUAAUCGCGGAAUCGGACUGGAGAUCAGCAAGGCAGUCGCGAGAGCCGGCGCCAGUGUUGCCAUCAUCUACAAGGCAUCUCAAGAUGCUGAGGACGUCGCGGCUCAGAUCGAAGAAAGGUAUGGCGUGAAGGCACAAGCGUACAAGUGCGACGUCGGGGAUGCAAGUCUUGUUACCAAGACUGUUAGUAAAAUCGAAACCGAGCUGGGACCUAUUUCGGGUCUCGUGGCGAACGCGGGCAUCACAAUCCAGAAACCUGCUCUAGAACUAAAUACGCAAGAUUUUCAGCAAAUAUACAACGUCAACGUACUGGGCGUAUUCAACGUAGCCAAAAGCGUUGCGAAGGUGUGGAUCGACCGCCAGUUCAAGGGCGGGUCCAUUGUAGUCACGUCAUCCAUGUCUUCUCGGAUCUACAAUCGCAAAGGGCCACAUGACCCCAUUACCCAAGUCUUCUACAAUUCGUCCAAGGCCGCAGUCACUAAUUUGUGCAAGGGUCUGGCCGCAGAAUGGGCGAAACACAGUAUACGUGUUAACGCCAUUGCGCCCGGAUAUGUUGACACCGACAUCGUCGAAGUAGAUCCAAAAGUGAGGCAAUAUAUUAACGACACGGUCCCCGUUGGACGGUUUGCCAAGCCGGAGGAGAUCACAGGUCAGACUAUCUUACUCCUCUCUGAAUACGCCAGCUACAUGACAGGCGGCGAGUAUUUGAUCGACGGGUAA